AUUCGGAGCGUCAAUAUCGGAAAAGCGCCCAAGAAGUUGAAGACUGGAGUGACAGCUGUGUCAGUGGAUCCGCUUCUGCGUGAGGGUGUGGUAAUAUCCCCUCCUUCGGGCGGGGAGGGUCCGCCGGCGCCGAGUGAGCUUGCAAUUUUUUUUGGUCCCUUAACCCAGUACGACUACGACGCAGCCAAAGCGACACUUGGAUCCUUUUCGGAUACUGGGGAGGAGUUCACCGUUAGCAUGGAGGAGCAUGGCAUCGACAAAUGCAGGUACGGCACAGGCGACCACGGGCGGGAGCAUUUGCCGUAUGCCGUUUGGGACACUCGCGCGGAC